UGAUUCACGCUGAGGUAGUUAUUGAUCUGUACAUCAUCAAGAUUGAUCACUGAUCUGCAGACAUCAUCUGUUUACUCGGACUGCGUUGGAUUAAAAAAAAAAACAAAACAAUACUCAGACAUUUAGACUUUAUUUUUAUUUUUCCUUUUUUUCACGUCAAGUCUUCUCUCGGACACUAACGGCAGCCACGAUGCCGCCAGUGUUGACCAGCACAAACUACGAUUAUGACUACGACACGGUUCAGCCCUGCUUCUUCCUGGACGGUGAGGAGCAGGACUUCUACGCUCCUCCUCAGCUCCUCCCGGGUCCCGGCGAGGACAUCUGGAAGAAGUUCGAGCUGCUCCCAACGCCUCCUUUGUCCCCCAGCCGGAGACCCUCCCUGUCCGCCGCCGACCGCCUGGAGGCCGUGUCCGACCUGCUGGACCAGGACUGCGGCCCCUCGGCCGCCUUCCUCCAGUCCUUCAUCAUCCAGGACUGCAUGUGGAGCAGCAGCUUCGCCGCCGCCACUGAGCUGGAGCGGGUGGUGUCGGAGAGGCUGGCGUCGCUCCGGGCCUGCAGGGACUCCUCCACCUCCACCUCCACCUCCACCUCCACCUCCAGCAGCAUGGCAGGCGGAGCAGCUGACCGGCAGGUGGACAGGUGUCCGGUGAACCCCGGGUACCUGCAGGACCUCCACGCUGCAGCGGCUGAAUGCAUCGACCCCGCCGAGGUGUUCACCACGCUGGGCGGGAAGCAGAGCGGCAGCCGGGCGGCGAUGGAGGCGGAACCUGAUGUUUGUCUGGAGACGCCGCCGCUCAGCAGCAGCGACAGUGAAUCAGAAGAAGAGGAAGAGGAAGAGGAGGAGGAUGAAGAGAUCGACGUGGUGACGGUGGACAGACGGAAGGCGUCUCGCCGGUCGGACGCCUCCCCUCUGGUCCUCAAACGCUCCCACAUCAACAUCCACCAACACAACUACGCCGCCCGGCAGCCCGCUGUUAAACGGCUGAAGGCGGAGAGCGGCGGCUCGUCGCCGAGGCGAGGCGGCGGCCGUCGCUGCUGGAGUCCACGGUCGGACGGCGAGGACGACGACAAACGCAGGACUCACAACGUGCUGGAGAGGCAGCGACGGAGCGAGCUGAAGAUCAGCUUCCUGGCUCUGAGGGACGAAAUCCCGGCGGUGGCGAACAACGACAAGGCGGCGAAGGUGGUGAUCCUGAAGAAGGCGGCGGAGUUCAUCACGGAGAUCCGAGAGGACGAGAGGAGGCUGCUGACGAUGAAGGACGAGCUGAGGAAGAGGAGCAGAGAACUGAAACACACAUUGCAGCAGCUCAGGACUUUACAUUAACACUUCCAUCUGAAUGUUUGAGCUGAACUGUGGUUUGUUAACUACCACUAAAAAUGACCAAUGUGACCUGAACGCAGCUCAGCGUCUGUCUGAGGGACCAUCAGUCUGUAUUUAUUUAGUUUUUAUCCACGACUUCUGCACAUUUUAAUUUAAAAUGGUUGUUUUGUACAUAAUUCACACGUUUUAUUAGGAAAAUGUUUAAAUGCAGCCUGUGACUGACUGUAACUGUAACUCCCAGCUGAUAAAGAUCAAUAAUUUAUCAUUUAAUAUUACAUAAUAUGUUUAUUUAACCAAUUAGCAGCUUCAGAAUACUUUUAUUUUUAUACUUUCCUUGUUCAAGCUGCACAAGAGAUGAAUUCAAACUCCUGAAAAUAAAAGCCUUCAUGUGUUGGAGGUUCUGUCAAUGUUACAAAGUGUAAAAGUCUUUGU